UCAUAAAAACACCGGGUGGCUUGCUGCAAAUCUGUCGUCGGAAAUGGCAGCGGGUAGCUCCUACACAUUAGUGGAAUAUUUCGGGGGAGAUGACGGCUACCGCUGUGGUUAUUGUAAAAAUGAGAAGGGGAACUUCUCUCAUGGCAUGUGGUCCCACGCCAUGACCGUACAAGACUACCAGGACCUCAUAGACAGAGGAUGGAGACGAAGCGGGAAGUAUGUUUACAAGCCCAUCAUGAACAAGACCUGCUGUCCACAGUACACCAUCAGGUGUCAUGCGUUGAACUUUCAGCCAUCCAAAACCCACAAGAAGAUCCUGAAGAAGAUGAGCAAGUUUCUGUUCAAAGGGGAGAUGCCAACGGAACAGGGCGAUGGGGAGCCCAUGGACUCGCUGUGUGAGGAGGGAGGACCGCUGGGCCAUGCUAAAGUCUGUCACUCUGAGGUGGAGAGUCCUGUGAUCACAGCCAUUCAGACUGAGAAAGGGGACACCACACCAGCCAAGUUUGAAACGCCCAGAAAAGACCCAGUGUCUGUCCCAGACGAGAAAGGACCAGCAACAACCCCCAAACCAGGGGUAGGAGCGGAUCCCGGCAGGCCAGUGUGUCGGAAGGCCAAGGACCUGAGGAAGGAGCGCCGGCUGCAGAAGAGACAGCAGGUGGGGGGCGGUGUCCCGGCCUCUGCAACCUCUAACCCCGCCACGCCCGUCCCGCUAAGCCAACCCAAAACCCUGGAGAAGUUAAUCAACGAAUCCUUGCCCGAUAGUCCUCUGCACCGUCUCGAGGUGAGGCUAGUGCGCUCCAACCCCCCCAGUUCAGAGUUCAAAGCCUCUUUCGAAGCCUCCUACCAGGUGUACAAACUCUACCAGAUGGCCAUUCACCACGACCCUCCAGACAAGCCCACGGAGAGCCAGUUCAGGAGAUUUCUCUGUGACUCGCCACUUGAGGCGGCGAUGCCUCCGGACGGUCCCGAGGUGGGCUACGGUUCCUUCCACCAGCAGUACUGGCUGGACGGCCGAAUUGUGGCGGUUGGGGUGGUGGACAUCCUGCCCACCUGCGUGUCCUCCGUCUACCUGUACUACCACCCCGACUUCGCCUCUCUAUCGCUGGGCUCCUACUCUGCACUCAGGGAGGUCGCCUUCACCAGGCAGCUGCAGAAACAGUCCCCCAAGCUGUGCUACUACUACCUGGGCUUCUACAUCCACUCCUGCCCCAAGAUGCGAUACAAGGGGCAGUACCAGCCUUCAGACCUCCUGUGCCCAGAGACUUAUGUCUUUGUGCCCAUAGAGCGCUGCAUCCCCAGCCUGGAGCAGACCCUCUACGCCCGCUUCAACCAGGAACCCGACGCAGGUGAUACACAUGUACUGAAGGACCUGGGUCGUGCUCUGGUGCUGUACAGACGGACGGUCAUGUCCUACGCCGCCUACGCCCACAAACGCAAGGGCUCCAAUGACGAGGCUGAGGUAGAGCAGUACGCCGGCCUGGUGGGCCAGGUAUGCGCUGAGAGGAUCCUGCUAUACCGGGCGUAAUCCACCGGGGCCGCCACCGCCACCGCCACCCUGCUCCUUGAUCCACUCUGCUCCAAAAUACGCCUACCAGCAAUGUGUCUGUCUAGGGUCAUAUUCAUUAGGCACCAAACGGAAGAAAAAGGCGUGAACAGGAAGGGACUACGCUCGUUUUCAUUUUCCAUUGCAAAACGUUUUUGCGUUGGACUGCCCUUAUGAAUACGACCCAUGUGUCUCUGUCUGUCCCGCUGUCUUUGUAAGUGCUUUCCGCUGCUUCACUCUACAAUAGCCUCACUAAGCUUAGCUCUACUACACAUAGGUCGAACCAGCGCACUUAAGUAUGUACGUAUAUUGCACUCACCUGCCAGCCUGUCGAUGCUAUUAUAUCUGAAUCACGGUUGAUAAUGUCAGUUUUAGCCAUAAUACGAAAGGUUUCAGUUUAACAACAUUUGUUCUCUAUUUAGUUGUGAAGUAUCAAUCCCAUUGAUUAAGACUCGGAAGUCUUGGUUACAGGGAAGAUUAAUUUCAGUGUAAUUUUGAUUUCAUGAAGUGUUUGACUUUCACUGUUUUCACAUUGAAGGCAGCAGUAGCCAUCACCUUACGUUACAGCAGGGCUUCCCAACACAAAACGGCAUAUUUGUUCCCAGUACUGAUUUGGGAUCAGAUAGGGAGGAUAUUAGCUGCCAAUCCUCACUGCUAUAUACUGACUAUGUACUGAUCUAGACUCAGUGAAGUUAAGGUGAAUCUGAAAGCUGCUGCUUCACUCCUAUGUGGAUUGGGCUCAUACACGCCAGGUCACAAACCACACUGAAAUGAACAUGGUCUGGUUGUAUUCCUGUGAAGCAAACAUUUCUGUGUGUGUACUGUAUGCUUGUUUGUCUGUCACUGAUAUGUAUAGCUUUAUUUGCUCUUUUAUUAUUGAUACUGUUAUUUUGUUAAAAAUAAAUAAAGGGAUGAGGUAUCCAAUGUCUUA